AUGGUCCUCGCCCUCCUCCGCUCCCUGGCGGGCAUCAUGUACCCCAUGGGUACUACGUUGGUUGCUCUCCUCUGGUUCAUGGGCAUCUCGUUUCUGCAACUCACAGCUUGGAUCCGCCACCAAGCUGUGACUGCAUGGACUCGCCUGGAGAAGCUAGGAAGCGUGGUCAGCUGCUGGGUGCAACUUGCGCUCGUUCAUCUGCUCAACAGAACCAUGUGUGCGUUUCGAGGAGUAAGUGAGGCUGUUGCGGUUGCUGUGGGGCUCAGAGCAGGGAGAGAGAUGUUAGAGGCAAUGGACGUAAGGAUGAAGGCACUUAGCACACAGCUGGAAGCGACAAGGAGAGAUUUGGAGGAGGUUCAAAGGAAAGGGGCAUCGGAUCUGGUAGACUUGAGGAGGGAGGCUGAGAUGAAGGGAGAGGAAGGGAUGGGAGAGCUGAGGAGAAAGAUUGAGGAGAAGGAGAGGGAGUUAGCAAUGGUGAAGGGGGAGUUGGUGGAACGGAUGUCAAUUGGUGAACAUACCUUGGGCGAGAGAGUGGAGGCUGUCAGGGAAAAUAUGAAGGAUUCUGAGCAGAAACGAGCAGUGGAGAUGAAGGAGAUCAGAGGGACGGUUCAGGAAUGGGAGAAGAAGCUGGCAGCAGUGAAGGGGGAGCUGGACAAUUGGACGACUAUAUUGCAGCAUGUGUCCCCAAUUCAUCAGAGAAUCAACUCAGCAUUAAAGGGGACAACUGUGGAUUUGAAGAAUCUCACCAACGUGACAGAUGCCAUCCUCGGCUAUGUGUCCACAAUGACUCACCUGAAAGUUGUUGAAUUGGACAAGAGUUCUGGCUUCACUACAGAGGGCGUGAAGCAACUCUACAAGCUGCCAAAGCUGGAAAAGCUAAAUCUGCUUCACAUUGGAAUCCCCGACAAUGCCUUAGAAGGCAUAGGGUCAGCGAGCAGUCUUACGAAUCUCGAUAUCACCAAUACGAAAGUGACUGAUGCUGGACUGCUGCAGUUGGUAGACGUCGUCUCUCUCAAAUUGUUGAUUCUCGACUGCAAGGGUGUGACAAAUGCUGGCAUGGAGCAUGUUGGGAAGCUCACUAACCUUGAGACCCUUUCUCUAGAGGGCACUGCAGUCACUGAUGCUGGGCUGAAGCCAUUGACUGCCUUGACCAAGCUGUCAGCUCUCUGGCUGCCGAAUGGGGAAAAGCUUUGCAACGAUGAUGUGCGCAAGCGGUUAGGCAUGUAG